ACCCUUUUCUCUUACUCACAUAGCCCCGUUUUUACCUUACUUUUAUAUUCGUUAAUUAUUUCUUUUAGCUGUUUCUUUUCUCAAACUCUGACAUUAUUUCUAUUAAAAAAUUCUAGGAUUUACUUCAAGAGACUCUAGAAGAAAAUCUUUCUCUUGCGUUAAUUUUUCAAACAUUCAUGGAUUACGUAGAUGGAUUCAAUCCAAUUUAUGUCACUAGUGAACUUGAUGACCGUUAAAUAAUAUUUUUUCACUGCUUUUAUCAAUUCCAUGUGACCUUUUUUGUAUUGUAAGUUAGAUGUUUUUUCUUUAUUUAGUGAAUUCAGGAUUGUUUAUGUAAAAACAAUCUGUUUCGGUUAUGUUUAAUAACACACACGAUUGUUGGACGGCAACCGACUCUGAGACGUCCAGUUAUACUUCUGCUUCUUCCUCCACCAAACCACCAAACACGCAACUUUUUUCGCGUGAAUCAAAAAAUUUCCUUUCAACCCAAAAAAACAUUAAAUUAAGCCGUUUUCCUUCUCAUUUUGAACAUUUUUGGUCUCGUCACAAAAAACAAAUUCCUAAAAAAAAAAGCUACUGUGGAUUUGAAAAUUUAGGAAAUACUUGCUAUAUAAGUAGCGCUCUUCAAUGUCUUCUCGCAACGCGCCUUUUUUCAGAUUAUUUUUAUUAUGAAUAUUAUAAUACAAAUAAAAAAUUGGAAAAAAGAUACAAUUCUUCAUCUACUCUUUUAAAGCCUUUGAGUCUAUUGAUUCAACGUUACCGUAAUACAAAAGGAUCUUCUUCAAUUAAUGUUUCCGAUUUAAAGCGUCUUAUAGCAAAAUUAAAUCCAAUGUUUGAUGGCCACGAGCAACACGACGCUCAAGAAUUUUUAGCUUUUCUUUUAGAUAGCUUACAUGAAAAUUUGAAUCAAGCUUCCAAAAAGGAAAAACGUUGCUUUGAUUGUUUACCUGAGGACCCUUUGGUGAAUCGUAGUUUUUUGAAAAAACAUGAGUACGAAUUACUAGCUGCGUUAUCUUGGCAAAAGUAUUUACUUCGAAAUCGAAGUUUUAUCGUUGAUCUUCUACAAGGCCAGUUAGAAUCUCGUAUCACAUGUUUGCGUUGUCAUGAUUUUUCUUUAAAAUUUGAACCGUUUCUUUAUUUGUCGCUUCCAAUUAAAUCUCAACACACACCGAAUUCUAUUCAGUCUUUAAAAGAUGCCUUUAAAGCCUUCUGUUCCCCUGAACGUUUAAAAGAUGCUCAAUGGCACUGUCCUAAUUGUAAACAUGUUGUUUCCGUUGACAAGCAAAUACGUAUUAUAAAGCUUCCUACUGUUCUUAUCAUUCAUUUAAAACGAUUCGAAUAUGAUGGAUACACUUCUUGUAAAAUUCAGGAUUAUAUUCAUAUAUUAACAGAAGGAAUUAAUUUUGAAACAUUUAUUUGUCAAAAACAUUGCCUUUUUUAUGAUUUAUAUGCCGUUAUUGAUCAUUCAGGUGAAGCGUCUUCUGGUCAUUAUACAGCCUCGUGUCUUUUAGAUGGUCAUUGGCUUCGAUUUAACGAUACAUUAAUUUCCGUGAUUCAAUCAAAUAUGGUUAUAACUAGUGCUACCUAUGUUCUUUUUCUAGUUAGACGUGACGUGCCAAAGUCACCGGAAUUGUUAUUAAAGCAAAAUAUGUUGACUCCUGAAAAUUGGCCUCAUUCUCUUUCAAAAAAAUCAAUUGAUUAUAUUAAAAAUAAAAAAACCUAUAACACUUUAUAAAAAUAAAAGAUGACAUUCUUGGCAUAACAAAAUGUUAAGGAAGCAA